AUGAGACGUAAACAAAGUGUUCUGCUCAUUAUUUUGACAUUCUUGUUCAGCUUCUCAUUGAUUCUGUUCACUGCCAGAAGGCCGGCUCCCAGCGAUGAUGAUCACGUUUUUUAUUCUUCCAACUUACGAAGUUCGCACAGUCGCAACCACCUUAGAAGUCAUAUGCUUGAGAAAUCUGUUAUAGUCAAAAGUGCGAGCAUGGAUGAGCUACAUUUGUUCUCAGCAUUCGCUCUUACAACCGGAGAAAUCACGGUUGUGAUUGCGUCUUAUGGAUUUUUCACACAACGUCUCCAUUGCCGAUACUUCAACAAGCAUAAGCAGGAGAUAAGCUCAGCAAUCGUCUCCAAGGUUUUUCCGGACUUCGUUAUAAACUGUCCUCCAAAUGACAUGGCAACGCACAUGUCCAUAUCAAUCAACGAACAUGACAUUAUAAGUUUAGAGAAUAUAAUUCCUAUAAGAAGAAGAUCCAACACACUUCAUUAUUUUUCUGUUUGUCUUGCUCCAAUCUUUGGAGACAAAGAGAAAUGGUUGCUACUAGUGGAGUUCAUAGAGUACUACAAGUUGCAGGGAGCAUCGUUCUUCUAUGUAUAUGACUAUGAGUCUGACGAGUACGUUCAAAAGAUUCUGAAAUACUACGAAUCACAGAAUGUCAUUGAAAUAAUAAAAGUGGAAACAACUACGGACUGUAUGUCUCGACAUAGGUGUCGGCAUGAAAUGCAGCUGCAGGAUUGUGUUGCAAGAAGUAGAGAACAUUCGUCAUGGAUAGCGCUGAUUGAUAUGGAUGAACGAAUCCAUGUAAACGAUGAUGAAGUCAAUUUGUUAUCGUGGGUCAGGAAAAACGAUCAAAGCGAUGUAGCGGAAUUCAGAUUUCGGUGUAGAUGGGUUUUACGGAAUACAGACAUACCUAAGUUAUCCUUUCCCAUCAAUAAAGGAUUAGUGGUAGACGGAUUACCCAUGUUAAGAUUUCAUAACACAAGUCAUGUAGCACCUGUGAAUCAUACUACCAAGAGCAUUGUCAAUCCCUUAUUGGUUCAUAGUCAAGGCGUUCACCAGGUUCUCAGCUUCAAGAAAGGUUCCCAUUUGUACAUGGUCCCUCCAGAACAAGUUGUCGUGAGGCAUUAUCGAUUGUUGGAAGGUUGGAACUUUUUUCUUCGAGAAGCCGAAAGUUUCGGAAGUUUCAAAAACACUUCCGUUAGUCAGGAGUUGGAGGACGAGAUUAUUAAAUCAGUUUGGAAUACAAUGCAGGCCGUUUUCAACAGUGAUAGGAGCUUUCAUAGCUUAAUUGAGCGUAAAAAUAAAACUUUAAAGUGA